GCAGAGUGCAGUCUGUCUUCGGCGCAAAAAAUAGUUUUCUUUCACGCUUUUUGCGUUUUGAACUCGGUGCGCUGCGCGCAUGUCUCGGUUCUUCGUAUAAAUAUUCGAAGUUCACGACUUCGGGGAGUAAUUCGACAAUGGCUUCGACCAACAACUCGAAGCAUUUCGACGUUAACGGCGAACUAUCGAGACCUAGGAAUAUGGAGCCCACCAAUAAAGUUACCGUAGUCCUAGGAGCUCAAUGGGGAGACGAGGGCAAAGGCAAAGUAGUAGAUCUCCUCGCUGUGGACUCGGACAUAGUGUGCCGCUGCCAGGGCGGCAACAACGCUGGUCACACCGUGGUGGUGAACGGCAAGGAGUUCGAUUUCCACCUGCUGCCCAGCGGCAUCAUCAACUCCAAAUGCUCCUCAGUAAUUGGCAAUGGGGUGGUGAUCCACCUGCCGGGUCUGUUCGAGGAGUUGAAGAAGAACGAGCUGAAGGGCAUGGAGAACUGGCAGUCGCGGCUCAUCAUCUCCGACCGGGCGCACCUGGUGUUCGACGUGCACCAGCAGGUUGAUGGUCUCCAAGAGGCGGAGAAGGGUCAGAACUCGCUCGGCACCACCAAGAAGGGCAUCGGCCCGACAUACUCCAGCAAGGCGACCCGCAACGGAAUCCGGAUAGGAGACCUGUUGGGUGACUUCCAGCAGUUUGAGGAGAAGUUCCGUACCCUCACUGCGAACUACAAGAGAAUGUUCCCGUCCCUAGAGGUUGAUAUUGAGAAUGAGCUGGUGAGGUACAAGAAGUACGCUGAGGAUAUCAGACCGCUGGUGAAGGAUACCGUGUCGUAUCUACAUAGAGAGAUCGGUGCGGGGAAGAAAGUGCUCGUUGAGGGCGCGAACGCCGCCAUGUUGGAUAUUGAUUUCGGCACGUACCCGUACGUGACGUCAUCGAACUGCAGCAUCGGCGGCGUGUGCACGGGGCUGGGGCUGCCGCCGCGCCUAGUGGGCGACGUGCUGGGCGUGGUCAAGGCGUACACCACGCGCGUCGGCGAUGGGCCCUUCCCCACCGAGCUGCACGACGAGACGGGGCGGCUGCUACAGGAGCGCGGGCACGAGGUGGGCGUGACCACGAAGCGCGUGCGCCGCUGCGGCUGGCUCGACCUCGUCGUCGUGCGGUACACCGGCAUGGUCAACGGGUACACCAAGAUAUGUCUGACAAAACUGGACAUUCUGGACUCGCUGCAGGACAUCAAAGUGGGCGUGGCUUACAAGCUGAACGGCAAACAGAUCAAUUAUUUCCCCUCAUCCAUGACUGAGCUAAGCAAAGUCGAGGUGGAGUACGUGACGCUGCCGGGGUGGGGGUGCAGCACGGCGGACGUGCGCGAGAUCUCCAAGCUGCCGCAGGCCGCGCUCAACUACGUCAAGUUCAUAGAGAACUACCUAAACAUACCAGUGAAAUACAUCGGCGUGGGUCAAGGCAGGGAGUGUAUAAUCAGCGUCGACUAACGUCGCGGUGUACUUAGUUGAAUUACUACGGUAACUCGUUCAUACCAAAAUGUGUCUAAGUGUGGUACAAAUAUGGCCGACAUUCGCAUACAUAGUACAGUCAGCAUUAUAUUAGUUCUAUUAUAGAUUUAAGAUAGUUAAUUUUAUUGACAGUUAGCUAAUAUUGCGGUAAAAAGUCCGUUUACCUAUAGAUUUGUCUCUCUCCUAUUAAUUUUACUAAGGCGAGGUGUGAGCGAGAUGGCAAUAUUCCUUUUGUGCUGAAACGGGAAGAAAUUAGUUAAACGGACUAAGAUAUAUUUUGUUUAUAAUGCUGGCUCUACAUCACUCUUUGCGUAUCAGUAUUUAGUUUUUUUAUACAAUAUAUUAUACAAAUCAGGGCCUUGUCCAGUCCGCUAAAACAUAUUUUUAUAUAUAAUUUUUUAUAAUAUUUGUAAUAAUGACAUAUUGAGCUAUUUCUAUUUUGAUCAUGCCUGUACUUAAUAUCAUAGUUGUAUAUUAAUUUUAUUUGUGGUAUAUAAAAUAUACAAUUUAAAAUCUUGUUUUUUAAAUAGCUGAAUGUUAAAUCCCAGUGUCCUGAAAUGUAAAUCAGCCAAUUUAAUUGAUUUUUGAGUAAAUAAUCUAUUGUUAUUUAUCAGAAUAAUCAUAUUUUAAUUAUAUAACUAACAUUUUUGGCUAAAAAUAUUGUUCAAUGGCAAAUUAUUUAGUCAACGACUAUCAACUUUUAUAAUUACACUUAUUAGGGCUCAGAUGGUCAAUUAUUUUUUCUCUAGCUGUUAGGGUAAUCUGUACUUUUAGAACUUAUGUCCCUCGUAAUGAAAAUUGUUCUCGAAUAAAGUUUUCUUAUGUUUUAUUAUAGCUGUUUACGCGUUCUUUAUUACUUAUUAUGAGCAAAUGAGUAUAAAUAGACGCAAAUCAAACAAGUUUUGAGUUUUUUUUAAUAUUUGAGUUUUUUUUUGUAUUCAACAUCGGCGUUAAUUGGUUACGUGUUUGACACUAGCCAAACCGCGCUAUCGAAUGAAUACAUUUCUGUCAAAAAAUCUCUGAAAACAAAAAAAGUAAUUUGGCUAACAUUAAGGGUGUAUUGGCUAAUGCAAAAUUGUUUUACUUGAAUGCUCACUUGUUCGUACUUAUAUUUUAAAAUUUGGUUGAUGGGUGCUUAAGACAGAUUAAAGUAAGGUUUGAUAGCAAUAAUAAGAAUCACGACUGGCCUGGUUCCUAAUAAUAGUUUAUAAACAAACGACUAUAUUUAACAAUUCAAUUGAAAUACUGUUUUAAAGCCUGUGCGCGUUCAAGUAGUUUGACCAAAUAUUAUGGGUCUAACAUUUUUCGUAUCCUUAAUUUGACAUAUUUUUAAUGCUAGUUAUGUGAUCAAAUUAUUUGACCCAAUGGUGUUAAGGACUGUACAUUAAUUACUUAAGCUUUGAAUUCAUAAAAAUGUUUGAUGCACAAACCUAAAACUAUUGUUUGAAAAGUGGCUACUUUAUUAUCGUAAGAAAUGUUGAGUUCUUAAUCCAAUUCAUUUUUGACCAAUGUAGAUAAAUUUUAUGUAAAAAUUUGAGUCAGUAAAUUGCGUUUUAUAAAUAAAGCUUCAAAGCACACUUAAAUCUGAGAAUACAUCCACUUUACAUUUCGAAUAAAAUUAUUUGUAUUGAUAAAGUUUUCGUUACAUUAUUUUUUUAAUAAUAUUUCGUGUAUUGUGUUUUAAUUUUUAACCGACUUCGUUAGAAGGCGGGUUAUGUUUUUUAUACUAAAACGUCCCAUUCCAAGCCUAUGUCAGCUUAUAAAGUUCGUUUAGCUUCAAUGUGUAUGUGAUAUUAUUGUAAAUAUUACAGUUACAAAAUAAAUAAUGGUUUAUUCUUA